CCCGUGUGAGCUGCAUUCUCCAAGCAUUUGCCAUUUUCACUAACUCCACAACACAGAUUUGCCCAGACCCCCAAUCACAUAUUUUACUUUUCUUUGCUCUCUUUUCAAUACUCUUUGUUUUGACAAUUCAAUCUGUCUUCGUUUUUCAAUUUCCACAAAAUAUAAUUUCGCUUUUAUUUUUUGUUUUGUUUCCAUUAGCAGUAAGCCUAAACAACUUUUGUGAUGUUCCUUUGUUGCUUUGAGAUUUGGACUUAUAAGGUAAGUUUUUAUUUGCAGUAAGCUUUUUCCUCAGAUUCCUUGUGGCGUGUAUUUUAGGCAAAUUUAUACAUUGCCCCCUUUAUUCUUCACCACAAGGAAUCUUUGCUUGUGAAUUGCAGUAAAAGUGAAGCUUAUCCAUGCUUUCUUUAUUUCAUCGUAGUUUCCUUUAGAAAUAUGGGUUUUGUGAUUUAAAGGUCUUUUUUUUAAUCUGACAAACCUUUUUUUCACUUUUGGUACUGAAUUUCAAACAAAACCCAAGAUUUUAUGUACCCGUGAUGCGAGUUUCAACCAAAAGAUGACAUCUUUCAGUGGAUUAGGGAUUGGUUUAAGCUUGGUUUUUGGUUGUCUUUUAUUAGCUCUCGUUGCUGAGCUUUACUACUUGCUUUGGUGGAAGAAGAGAUUAAUUGGCAGCUCACAAGUUGAAGAUGAUUACACCAAAUAUGCAAAGGAGCUCAUUCAACUGUUCUGCUGGAAGAAAUCUGCUUCUUUGCAUGCAUCCACUAAUACCAACAACAACAGCAACAUUCAAGAUUUGGUCAAAGACCAAGGCAUUAAUGGCGUUGUUGAGCCAGAUUUGGAACUCGGGUCAGGCAAGGAUUUGCUGCUGAAGGGCUAUGGCGAAGAGGGUAUUGAAUCAGAACUCAUGAGGCUUCACAAUCUGGCCGGUCCACCUAGAUUCCUCUUCACAAUCAAGGAGGAAACCAAGGAAGAUCUUGACUCGGAAGAUGGCAGGUCUAGAGGUGAUAAAAGCAGAAGGGGUUCAAGAACAAGGAGCUUGAGUGAUCUUAUUUUAGCCAUCGACACUCCAAUGGCUUCUCCUCCUCCAUCGAAAUCACCUCCUUCGAACCCUUUAGGUUCUUAUCACCGCCAGGGAUUCAACCCUCUCUUUGAAUCAUCAACAGAUGCCGAGCUAAACAAGCUGAGAUCUUCACCUCCUCCAAAGUUCAAGUUCUUAAGAGACGCAGAAGAGAAACUCUUGAGAAGAUUGAUGAUUGAAGCCGAGAAAAAGGUACAUAGAAAUGGAGGUCCUCUUCAAGGUGAGAACAUACAAGGGUCUUUCUUAAAAUUCAUUGUCGAUAAGAACAUGGAACCUCUCCAAUGUUUACCGCAGUACCCUUCAAGUUCUUCUCAGGUACUGCCAUUGCCUUCUUCUCCAACAACAUUCAGAACACCAGACAAGACAGACAGUAUGCGUUAGAUUCCUGAAUCUUGGUCUGCUAGAUGAGUUUUUUUUUUGUAAUUUAUUCUUUUCAUCUACCAUUUUAUUAGUUUAAAACGUUUCCAGAAAGAGCAAAAAAUGGUAGAUAACCAUGGUCCAUGACCAAUCCUGUAACACCUUGUUAUGCAAAGGCAACUUGAAGGGGGGACCUGGUCAGGGACAAUCUGGUUUUUCACCAUCCUCCGUGUCCCUUUGGCCUCUGUUUGAGCUAAAAUUCCUUCAUGUGUUUCCAGUUCACCAUUGUCUGAAAGGGCUAACAAUGCUUUCCCUUGUUUUUACUUUAGAUUUCUUAAAGUAA